AAUGAUAAAUGUCUCUGACUAAACAUACCUAACGAGCACAACUGUUUUUGUUUUUGCCGCCAAGCUGCAAGCAAUAAAGAUAGAAAUUUUCCAUACAACAGAUCAACUAUUAAAUUGCAAAUAAAUUGGUAUUAAAAAUAAUAUGUGUGAUGAUGAAAUAAAAACGCUAAGACCCAAUCGAAAGUCCAAAACAACUAAUAAAAGGAAUCAUGAAGGAUUAAUACAAGAAUCGACCAACAAAAAGUUAAUGAAUUCUGAAAAUAGUGACUCUAACGAUGAAGAAGUUAUCGUCAUCAUUGAAUCUGAUGAUGAUAAUGGAAACCAAACCCCGGUAUUAAGACGAUCCAGUCGAAAACCCAGUCCAAAUAAGAAGUAUUGCAAAAAUUUUGUAGUGAAUGAUGAAUGCAAAAGAAACUCACGAAUACAUACAAAACGAAUUGUUGCAGACGAUGAAGACGAAUUGGAAGACAGUAAUAGCGAAACUGAAUCAAAUAUUUUCAAACCAAAUCAACAAGAUUUACAAUUGUUACAAAAAGAAUAUGAAGUGACUGGUAAAAAUGUAUUUGGGUUUAAUACUCCAAAAAAAAGAGGUGGCAUGAGUUUAGUCGCAAUAAACACCGCAAAAACACAAAAAACACCAGAUACAAAACGUCGUAAAUCUACAACAGAGUUAAAAACACCAUCACAUGUAAGAAAUCGGGUAAAAAGCCAAAUAGCAAAACUAGUAAAAGUCAAUUCAGAUUCUGAUUUCUCUGCUGAUGAGAGUGAAUAUGAACCUUCAGAUUGUGCAUCAUCUUCUGGCAGUGACAAUGCAGAUGACAGUUCGGAUGAUGCUGCUGAUGACGAACCAAAAACACCACACAAAGGUCGACGCCCAAUUGUUAUUCCCUCUUUGACAAAAACCCCUUCUUUAGCACGUGCACGUCAGUCUGCGCGUGUCAAAAAAACAACAGAAUAUGUACCAGAAAGUGAUGGUUACUUUCAAUCGCGUUCAAGUAGCAAAAUUGUAACAUCCGAUCAUACACUUGAUCGUUUAAAAAAUCCUCGAUUACCUGCUGAUCGUUUGUUUAGUCUACUGGCCUCAAUGAAAUUAUCUACUGAACAUGAAUCAUCCAUAAAUGCUAUUAUAGAAGAAUAUCGGUCAUACUUUUCUAAGUGGAUGUAUAUAUUAAAUGAAGGCUUCAAUUUGUUGAUUUAUGGAUUAGGUUCAAAACUACAAUUGUUACAAUCAUUUCACCGCGAUAUAUUAGCACAGCAAACAGUGUUAGUUAUUAAUGGAUUUUUUCCAAGUCUAACACUUAAGGAUAUAUUGGAUAGCAUAACCUGUCAAAUACUCGAUGCUGGUAUUAGUUCAUCCAAUCCACAUGAAGCUGUUGAUAUGAUUGAGGAGGAAUUUUCACUUAUACCUGAAACACAUUUGUAUAUUAUAGUGCAUAAUUUAGAUGGCAUAAUGUUGCGGAAUAACAAGGUUCAAGCAAUAUUAGCACGUUUGGCUAAAGUAGAAAAUAUUCAUUUAAUAGCAUCAAUUGAUCAUAUAAACACACCUUUGUUAUGGGAUCAAUCUAAAUUAAGUAAUUAUAAUUUUUCCUGGUGGGACUGCACAACAAUGCUGCCAUACACUAAUGAAACAGCAUUUGAAAAUUCAUUACUUAUACAAAAUUCUGGUGAAUUAGCACUAGCUUCUUUGCGUAGUGUGUUCUCCUCCCUCACAACUAACUCUCGUGGCAUUUAUAUGCUAAUUGUGAAGCACCAACUACAUAACAAAAACAAUCCAAACCACCAAGGUAUCGCCUUUAAGGAUUUAUACUGGAGUUGCCGUGAAGCAUUUUUAGUGAGUUCUGAUUUAGCGUUACGUGCCCAACUUACUGAAUUCUUAGAUCAUAAACUUAUUAAAACCAAGCGCAGUGUAGAUGGUGCAGAACUAUUAAACAUACCAAUAGAGUCAACAUUACUGCAACAAUUUUCAGAUGAACAUGAAAAGAAAUAAUUAUGCAAAUUUUUCCAUGUAUUAAUUUCAAAGAAAAUAUUAGUUUUAGUUUCGCGUAGAUUGCAACACUCAACACCCAUAAUUAUGGUACAAAUCAAAUCUUUUGCAAUUUUAUUACAUAUUUUAAUUACUACAAAUUUACAAACAUCAUCAAAUUCUAUUUUUUUAACUGAUGUCAAACGAUGUAAUCUUUCGAAUAGCUCAGCAUCAAAU